AUGUAUAUAGAAGAAUUUUCUAAUUAACUAAAUUUGGAUCAAGAAACUUUAGAUAAUGUUAAAACAGCUAUGCAAUAAUUUUCAGAAUAAGAUGAAAAAGUAUAUAUAUUAUUAGAAAGUAUUAAGAUUUACGUUCCAGCUGUUGUUUAUUUGUGCAGUCAAAGCUGUCAAAUAUAAUAAAUAGAUGGAAAAACAAAAUAAGGAAAUGGAAUUACACUUACAUAAGUAUAAUAAUAAUAGGAUUGUAGAUAAUCCGCAAUUUGGAUCCAUAAACUGAUAUUGAAUAGUUCUUAUUGAUUUUGUAAGAUCUUCCUGCUCUUCUGAAGUAUCAUUCAAUUGAAUUUGAUAAUAUUGUCAGAUAAGCAAAUUUCAGUUUUAGAUUAUACAAAAAAUUUGACAAAUGUUUUAGCCUUAUUCAGUAUAUACAAUAAAUUAAGUAUUUAUUAGACCAGUUUAAAAUCCAAGUUAAACUCCAUAAUUCAAAAAAGAGGAUGAUAAUGAUCCUUAUAUAUAGGAAUUAAAGAAAGUAGCAUGGAUUCUGUGUAUGAUGGUUAGAUAAUAAAUUGUACAAUAUGAAGAGUAGUUAGAUAAAAAUCAACAUAAAAUCUAUGAUCCAAAUAGUAAAGUUAUUUUGAUUCUUGUUGGAUCUUUAUCUAUUGUAUUUUAAAAUUUACCAAAUACAUUCACAUAAAAUGUAGUAGAUCUUUCAUAAAAAAUGUUGUCAUUUUUUUGUAAUGAAUUAAAUGAAUGUGAUGAAGAAUUAUAAUAUUAUUAGAAUUUAUGUUAUACAUGCAUAAAUCAAAUUGUAAAUGUAAUGCAACAUAAAGCCAAGAUUAUAGAUUUAUAAUAAGAAUUUCAAGAAAAUUAAGUACCUAUUUUAUUUGAAGAAAAAACAAUUAUUUAGACUUAUAAAAGAUUACAUAAAUAUUAUGAAAAGACUAGAAAACAUUCAGAUUUAGAUGAAGAAUGUUUUUUAAGACAAAGAAUUGUAUUUACUCCUAAAAAGGAUAUUAACAAAUAAACAGAUUAUUCAGAAUUUGAAACUUUGUAAAAGAAAACUAAAAUAAAAAGUGAUCCUCCUUUUAUGUAAACACCAUUAAAAGAUAAUAAAUUCUCUAAUACUCAAGAAAAAACAUAUUUUGAUAUUAAGAAAAAUGCAAUUCCUCAAACUCCUAUAAGUAAAUGUAUGGAAUUACAUUAAUGGAUGAAGAAAAUUACUAUAUAAACAUAUAAAUGUUUUGAUGAUGAUGAUGAAUAAGAAUUUUAUACUUAAGCAACUAUUAAAUUAAGAAAAUACUUUGAAAUUACAGAAGAUUCAAAAUGUUCAAAACAAAUUGAAUAAGAAUAAACUAUAUUAACAUUAUGUUUAGCUGUUAUUGACUCAUUAAUUAAAUAAAAUGAUGGUUAAUUUGAUUUAAAACUUCUUAAAAAUGAUAGAUUUUAAUAUUCAAUUCUAGGUUUGUCUUUAUACACUUAUUAAAUUGUAAUCUAAAAACCUAAUUUAUUGUAAAAUAUGAAAUAAUUAUGCACAAUCUUUGAAAUAAGUCCCUUAGAUUUAUUUAGAGUAAUAGCCAAUUUUGCUCAUUUCAAUCGAUAAAUGCCUUCUACUAUAACUUCGUAACUCUUUGAAUUAGAAAAACAUAUCUUAUUCAAUUUAAUGUGGUAAACAGAUGCUGAGAAAUUAGUUGAAAUAUUUAAAGAUAGUAUUUAAUUUAGUUUUAUGUUAUGUAGAUUCCCCAAAAUACUUUGAUUAAGAAUUAGUGAGAAGAUUUUAAAAUCAUUUAGCCUUGAGAGUUAAAGAACUUUGUAAAAUACUUUAAUUAGAUAUUCAUGAUUUUGCUUAUUCAGCAAUAUGUGAGUUUAUGAAGAAUCCAAAAUUAGAAGUACUUAAGGAUGUGAUUUUUGAUACAGUGAUAGUUUGCACAUUUUAUGUGAUAUAAAAACAUCAUAAACAAAGUCCUUCCUUUAAUUCUUUUAAUAAAGUAACUAUAUAUAACACAUUAUAAUAGCUAUAUACUUAAUAUUACUCUUAAUAAAAGCAAGUCUUCACUAGAAUCGUUGAGUAUUAUAAUGAAAGAUUUUUGAAUGGAUUCAGAGAUAUUGUAAAAUCAAUAUCUAAUGCUCAACCUUUACAUAUACCUAAGAAUUUCGAAUGUCAAAGUCCAUUAAUAAUAAAACCUAUUCCUGUAUCUCCAAAUUAUAAAUUAUCGUAUAUUGCUACUCCAGAACCACCCUCCCCUCAAAAAAACUUUAUGCGUUCAUUGAUGCAAAAGAUAAAACCAUAAUAAUAAUAAUAAUAAUAAUAAUAAUAAUAAUAAGACAUUCAACCUUUUUAAGAUUGA